CGCCGCCUGCUCUGAGCCUCCCCUUCUGCUCUCGCUCACCUGGACAAAGAAGGAGGCGGAAGAUCCAGGGGGUCCCGGCCGCUGAGCCCCGAGAUGGAGAGCCGGGCCGGGGAGUCCCAGCCAGAGACCGGCGCCCGGGCAGAAGGCUUCCCCCAGAGCCAGGCGGGGGAUGUGAAGCAGGAGAAGCAGGACCCAUCAGAAGAAGAAAAAGAGGCUCCAGCAGUGCCAUGGCAGAGAUUCCUCUUUGGGGAGGACAAGCAGGAGGGCGAUGGAGGUGCCCCUUCCCUGGGCAUGGGAAGAAUGACAGGUGGAUAUUCUAGGCCUUCCCUUCAGUGUGAUGGGGCACACACACCCUCUGUGCAGCUAGAUCAGGUUCUGGUGACCUUUAAGGAUGUGUCUGUGGAUUUCUCGGAGGAGGAGUGGGCGCUGCUGGAUCCGGGCCAAAGGGCUCUGCACAGGGAAGUCACAGAGGAGAAUUACGGGAACCUGGCCUCUCUCGGGCUUGUGAUUCCCAAACCUGACUGUGCCUCCUGGCCAGAAGAAGAGGAAGAUCCAUUCAGAGAGGUCUCCACGGAGGGAAACAGCUUGGCAGGUGAUGGGAGGGAGCACAAGAAAGAACAACAGCACAGAAGGAAAAUCAAAGUACAGCAGAAGCAGCAGAAGAAAUCUGUUUCAUUGGACAGAGCGGAUGUCUGUGUAAUUGGCCUUGUCGGCCAUGAGAGAAUCCACACAGCGGAGAAACGGUAUAAAUGUUCCGAACGUGGAAAGAGCUUCAGAGCCAACAGCUCCCUAGUUUUACAUAAAAGACUCCACAUUGGGGAGAAACCAUAUAAAUGUUCAGAAUGUGGAAAGGCUUUCAGGAACAAAUCAGACCUUGUUUCCCAUCAGAGAAUCCACACAGGAGAGAAACCACAUCAAUGCCCAGAAUGUGGAAAGUGUUUCAGGCAGAUCUCAGCCCUUAGUUCCCAUCAAAGAAUCCAUACUGGAGAUAAACCAUAUAAAUGCUCAGUGUGUGGAAAGUGUUUUAGGCAGAUCUCAGCCCUUACUUCCCAUCAAAGAAUCCAUACUGGAGAGAAACCAUAUAAAUGCUUAGAGUGUGGGAAGUGUUUCAGGCAGAGUUCAGCUCUUGCUUUCCAUCAAAGAAUCCAUACUGGACAGAAACCAUAUAAAUGCUCAGAAUGUAGAAUGAGCUUUACUCAGCAUUCUCACCUGUCUUCCCAUCAGAGAAUCCACACAGGGGAGAAGCCAUAUAAAUGUUCUGAAUGUGGAAAGAGCUUCACAGUCAAGUCAGAACUAGUUUCCCAUCAAAGAAUUCACACAGGGGAGAAAGCAUAUAGCUGUUCUGAUUGUGGAAAGAACUUCACACAGAAAAAAAACCUGACUUCCCAUCAAAGAAUCCACACAGACCAGAAGCCAUAUAAAUGCUCUGAGUGUGGAAAGAGCUUCAGAGCCAGGAAGUCCCUGCUUUACCAUCAAAAAAUCCACAGAGGAGAGAAACCAUAUAAAUGCUCAGAGUGUGGAAAGGGUUUCCGGCAGAACUCAAGCCUUGCUUCCCAUCAAAGUAUCCAUACCGGAGAGAAACCAUAUAAAUGCUCAGAAUGUGGGAAGUAUUUCAGGCAGAUCUCAGCCCUUGCUUUCCAUCGAAGAAUCCAUACUGGAGAGAAACCAUAUAAAUGUUUAGAGUGUGGACGGAGCUUCACUCAGAGUUCUCACCUGUCUUCCCAUCAGAGAAUCCACACAGGGGAGAAGCCAUAUAAAUGUUCUGAAUGUGGAAAGAGCUUCACAGCCAAGUCAGAACUAGUUUCCCAUCAAAGAAUCCACACAGGAGAGAAACCGUAUAGCUGUUCUGAUUGUGGAAAGAACUUCAAUCAGAAAAAAAAUCUUACUUCCCAUCAAAGAAUCCACACAGAGCAGAAGCCAUAUAAAUGUUCUGAAUGUGGAAAGAGCUUCAGAGCCAAGAACUCCCUGGUUUACCAUCAAAGAAUACACACAGGAGAGAAACCAUAUAAAUGCUCAGAGUGCGGAAAAGGUUUCAGGCAGAACUCAACCCUUGUUUCCCAUCGAAGAAUCCAUACUGGAGAGAAACCAUAUAAAUGCACAGAAUGUGGAAAGAGCUUCAAUAUGAGUGGAAAUCUUACCUCCCAUCAAAGAAUCCACAUAGGGGAGAAACCACAUAAAUGCCCAGAAUGUUGUAAGAGUUUUAGGACGAGUAAAGAACUUAAGUCCCAUCAAAGAAUUCACACAGGAGAGAAACCAUAUAAGUGCCCAGAAUGUGGAAAGAGCUUUAGGACAAGUACAGAACUUAAGUCCCAUCAAAGAAUUCACACAGGAGAGAAACCAUAUAAAUGCUCAAAAUGUGGAAAGAGCUUCACAUUCAGCUCGUCAUUAGUUUCCCAUCAAAGAAUCCACACAGGGGAGAAACCAUAUAAAUGUUCUGUGUGUGGAAAGAGCUAUAGAGGCAUCUCUUCCCUGGCUUACCAUCUAACUAUUCACACAGGGGAGCUCCCCUUUAAAUGCUCUGAAUGUGGAAAGGGCUUCAGAUCCAGCACAGGCCUUCGUUCCCAUGAAAGAAUUCACACAGGAGAGAAACCAUAUAAAUGUUCUGAGUGUGGAAAGAGCUUCAGUAGGAAAAAAAACCUGAGUUCCCAUCAAAGGAUCCACACAGGGGAGAAGCCAUAUAAAUGUUCAGAAUGUGGAAAGUGCUUCAGAGUCAGCAGCUGCCUAGUUUUACAUAAAAGGAUCCACACUGGGGAGAAGCCAUACAAAUGUUCAGAAUGUGGAAAGGCUUUCACAAGCAACUCAGGCCUUGUUUCCCAUCAGAGAAUCCACACAGGAGAGAAACCAUAUACAUGCAGGUUUUGUGGAAAGAGCGUCAGAGUCAACUCAGCCCUAGUUUUACAUCAAAGAAUCCACACUGGGGAGAAACCCUAUAAAUGUUCUGAGUGUGGAAAGAGCUUCAGACAGAGCUCCGCCCUGGCUUACCAUCAAACUAUCCACACAGGGGAGCGCCCAUUUAAAUGCUCUGAAUGUGGAAAGGGCUUCAGAUCCAGCACACGCCUUAUUUCUCAUCGAAGCAUCCACACAGAUGGGAAACCAUUUAAAUGCUCAGAAUGUGGAAUGGCAUUCAUGCACAGCUCAGACCUUGCUUCCCAUCAAAGAAUCCAUACUGGAGAGAAACCAUAUAAAUGCUCAGAAUGUGGAAAGAGCUUUAGGACAAGUUCAGCCCUUUCUUGCCAUCAAAGAAUCCACAGAGGUGAGAAACCAUAUAAAUGCACAGAAUGUGGAAUGUCUUUCACGCACAAUUCAGCCCUUGCUUCCCAUCGAAGAAUCCAUACUGGAGAAAAACCAUAUAAAUGCUCAGAAUGUGAAAGAAGCUUUAGGACAACUUCAGAUUUUAAUAACCACCAAAGAAUUCACACAGGAGAGAAACCAUAUAAAUGCUCAGAAUGUGGAAAGAGCUUUAGGACAAGUUCAGAACUUAAUACCCAUCAAAGAAUUCACACAGGAGGGAAACCAUUUAAAUGCUUUGAAUGUGGAAAGAGCUUCACAGUCAGCUGGUCACUAGUUUCCCAUCUUACUAUCCACAAAAGCGAAUGUGUAUGAUAAGAUCAAAAAAGAUAUUGCAGACCUGGAGCAGACCUGAAGCAUGAAUUCACAGCAGGACUGAUAGAGGUCCAAAAGGCAACUCAAAGAAAUGCCAAGGAGACUGAAAAAGUUAAAAAAACAAUACAAUGAUUGUACAUCUAGAAGCUGGGUUUCAACAAUUGGAAUUAUCAAAUCAAAAGACUGAAACUCUAGAAGUUCCAACCCGAAAAUCUAACUUACAUUUUGGGUCCAUUCCAGAUGAUUUGGGGGGAAUAAAAAUGGAAGAGGUA